AUGUCCAAUCUCACCACUCCAACAAUGAAUGACUCCUAUUCUUCAGAGCCACUAGACGACACCGUCGUCGAUCUCUUUGACCAAUGGGCCGACAGAUUCCCCGGGCGAGUCGCAGCGGAGUGGCAAGGCCAAUCCCUCACCUACGGGGCUCUUCGCGAUGUCUCUCUCCAUGUUAGUCACGCCUUAUUAUUGGCCGGUGUACUGCCACGCGCCCGAGUCCCGCUGUUGACCCGAAUGUCGCUGGAGAUGCUUCCGGCAGUGAUUGAGAUCUUGAGAGUAGGAGCCUGCUAUGUACCGAUGGACGUGGCCGCCUAUAGUCGUGCUCGUAUCGAGGCCGCCCUCUCCGAGCUGAAUUCCACGGUAGCGGUCAUGACGAGCCCCUGUCCUGACCUCCGACUACCUGUCUUUACGGUCAAUUUUCAGAGAGAAUGGCUCGUCUUGUCACCACCAAACAAGGACGGCCUACAAGUAGAGUUGGAGGCAUGCCGACGCGGUAUGCAGGCCGAUGACCUUACAUGGAUUAUCUUUACCUCGGGCACAACGGGCAAGCCGAAAGGAGUGAUGGUGUAUCACAGGGGCAUACAUGCCGUUUGUACCGUGCAGCAUAGCCAGGAGCUAUAG